AGGCAGCGCCGCUACUGCGCUAUGAUUUAACUGGAGAGAGGAUUAAGUGUCCAAACACAGAGAAAAACUCCUGCUGAAGUGACUGAUCUCCACACUGUUAUAAAGAUGGCGUUUAUUAAAGUGGAGAGUGAAGAUGUGAAGAUUGAAGAAACAUCCACAGUCAAACAGGGAGAUCUGCAGGAACAAACAGACCUAAUUGAAGAGAAUGAGGGGAGUAAAGAGGAGGAACAUCAUGUCAAAAUUGAAGAAAAAAAUAAUUUACAGACUGAUGGUUUUUUGAAAAGGAGAGACAAGAAUCAUUUCACCUGCACUCAGUGUGGAACGAGUUUUGGAAGAAAAAGGGAUCUUAAGAUUCACAGGAGGAUCCACACUGGAAAGAAACCAUUCACAUGCACUCAGUGUGGGAACAGUUUUAACAGCUCAUCACACCUUAAUCAACACAUGAGGAUCCACACUGGAGAGAAACCAUUCACAUGCACUCAGUGUGAGAAGAGUUUCAGCCAAUCAUCAAACCUUAAUCUACACAUGAGGAUCUACACUAGAGAGAAACCAUUCACUUGCACUCAGUGUGGGAAGAAUUUCAACCAAUCAUCAAAUCUUAAUCGACACAUGAGGAUCCACACUGGAGAGAAACCAUUCACAUGCACUCAAUGUGGGACGAGUUUCAUCCGCUCAUCAUCCCUUAAUCUACACAUUAUGAGCCACAAUGGAGAGAAACCAUUCACAUGCACUCAGUGUGGGAGGAGUUUUAAUCGUUCAUCACACCUUAAUCGACACAUGAUGAUCCACACUGGAGAGAAACCAUUCACAUGCACUCAGUGUGGAAUGAGCUUCAGCCAAUCAUCAAACCUUAAUCUACACAUGAGGAUCCACACUGGAGAGAAACCAUUCGCAUGCCCUCAGUGUGGAAUGAGUUUCAGCCAAUCAUCAAACCUUAAUCUACACAUGAGGGUCCACACUGGAGAAAAACCAUUCACAUGCCCUCAGUGUGGGAAGAGUUUUAACAGCUCAUCACACCUUAAUCGACACAUGAGAAUCCACACUGGAGAGAAACCAUUCACUUGCAAAUAAGCCGCAGUCACACUGGACUUUUCUCCCCAUAAACUUCUAUUCAUAGCACGCGAAUGCGUCAGACUGGAAACGCAAGUUUGUGCGUCACGUUUCGCAGUUCACUGCCUUGUAAAGUUCAAGCUUGGUAAACUCUGACCUGUGAAAUUGCAUCACUUGACUUUAUAAGACCAAUCGAACAUCAAAACAUGACCUCUCUGGACAGUUAGUAAAAUAUAGACGAAUCGCUCACUUAAUGUCUAAUCAUCUUGUUUAAUCCCGCCCCUUUUCGCAGCGACAUUCAACAAUAUUUUGCAUGCUCAAACUCUAGUGAGACUGGAGCUUCGGUGUGGAAUGGGUUUCAGCAGCUCCUCAGACCUUUAUUAAACACAUGAAGACCCACACUUGAGAGAAACCAUUUACAUGGACUCUGUGUGAAGUUUUAAUUGAUCAGCAAACCUUAAUGAACACAUGAAGAUCCA